CCGCUCGGAGACGAAAACGAAUCUCGCUUUCGCUUCGCGCCGCGUUAGCCGGAGGGAAUUGGAAGCUUGCGAAAGGGUCUCGUUCCAGCGGAGCGGAGAUGGCAGGAAAGGGAGGCAAGGGCCUGCUCGCGGCGAAGACGACGGCAGCCAAGUCAGCGGAGAAGGACAAGGGGAAGAAGGCCCCCGUCUCCCGUUCCUCCCGCGCCGGGCUCCAGUUCCCUGUUGGCCGUAUCCAUCGCCAGUUGAAGCAAAGGACUCAGGCAAACGGUCGAGUUGGUGCUACUGCAGCAGUCUACUCAGCUGCCAUCCUGGAGUACUUGACAGCUGAGGUUCUGGAGCUGGCCGGAAACGCUAGCAAGGAUCUGAAGGUGAAGCGUAUCACUCCUCGCCACCUGCAGCUGGCCAUCCGUGGAGAUGAGGAGCUCGACACCCUCAUCAAGGGUACCAUCGCUGGUGGAGGUGUUAUCCCGCACAUCCACAAGUCUCUGAUCAACAAAUCCUCCAAGGAGUGAUGACUAGGAGAUGUGCAUCUUAGUUGAAACUGGACUCUUGUGCGCUCCUGUGCUGUAAGUCCUGGUCAUUGUGUAGUUUUUAGUUAAGCUAUCAGGUUGUGGUGAUCCUUCUGAGUAACGAUUUCCUGUUACUGCUUCAGUUAUUGGAACCUGUUUAUGUUCAGUUGUUAACUUCAAGAGUGCAAACCUGGAUGCUUCUUUAGUUAUUGUGACUGUUUGCGAUUCCA